AUGGUUGGGCCUCGUUAUUCGUUGCUCGACUGGGCUUUUGGUUGGCCAGAAGGGGUACGGAUCCUUCUUGACUUUGGAGCAGACCCAAUGCAAAUUCACACAACCAGUCUCUCUCGCCCUGGCGUGGGAUAUUAUUCCUCAAUCGAAAUGCUAUUAAAAGCAGGAGGUAUGAUCGGUCUCGGCCACAUUGACCAUGCCCUCAGGUCUAAUGAUGAUGAGGAGAUAAUUUUACUACUGGUCAAUGAACUAGCAGUAAGACGAAAGCAGCUACGAUCCAUCGCGGAAAGCUUCUUGCCUCUGAAUUUGAUACCCGGCUCAAUGGAAAGCAAGCUUCUAGAUGGACCAGACUGUCUCCAAGUUCUUGACUUACUGUAUGAUUGCAAAGCAAACUUGCCCCAUCCCUUCAAUUUCAAAGCUCGAGAAUUCUUGGGAAUAGCGGAUGGAACCGUCUACCACAACCUAUGGAAGCCUCAGUGUGCCAAAGCACUAUAUAAAGCGGGGUUCCUUGAUACAGAUAUGCUCGACUCGAAAGGCUCCUCGCCCCUCGAAGCCCUGUCGUAUUGCGAUGUCCACACACUAGCGAAUUUCAUUCACUGGCACAUCUCCAAAGGUGCAAACAUUCACCGUGCACCUCUCUGGGCCAAUGAAUCGAUCGCCCUUUUCCUGACGUGGAAGAUGGUUCGAGGAACCUUUUUCUGUUCGAUAUCUGAGUAUUACCGCGAUCAUCAGUCCGUCCACCUCCCCCAAAUUGAGAGCAAUCUACAAGAGCUCAUUAAAAUGGGGGAUGAUUUCUUCGCACCAACUACGAUCUCAGAUGGAUGUCCCUGUCCUUGCUCCCUCAACGGAUGCACAGCGAUAUCAGUCAGUCUGCGGGAGCUUACCUCUGAAGUAAUGUGGGGCUACAGCCGCUGUUUGGAAUGUGAAAGGGAAGCCUUUGAUUUCUUGCAGGAAUGGGACCAGUCUUACUGGCAGAAUCCCCGAGCGUUCAUCAGAUCUCUGACCUUCAAUGCAUUGGAUUUGAAUCACACUUGCUUCGCCAAUACCUCAAAGGGUCACGUCCUUACGAGAUAUGAGACCGCAGGUAGCAAGUAUUAUGUGAAUGACAACAGCAAUGAACAAUCAUCCCUGGAUGAGUUUGAAAUUCUUUUGGAAGAUUUGGAGCAGAAAUUUGUUGAGUCCGGUCAGCCCCUGAAGGACUUUUUGCCCGGCUACUGGUACAGGCGUGUCAAAGACCAUCUGCUCACGCGACAGCCCGACGACGAGAAGCAUUUGAAAGAUGUAAGAAGCGUGGGGGUUGAGCUCGAAUUCUGUGGGCUUUCUGUUCCCAAAUGGAUGGAGACAUGCAUUGCAAGAAAGGUGGAGGAGCUUAAUGAUGAAGCGGCGGUCAAUGGGUAG